AUGCCAUCACUAGAGGCGCUUCAGAUCACCGGAAGCAUGCUUCCUAACUCUUCCAGUCCUAACUCUACCAUGCCUGCGCCCACCACUGUGGCGCCCACCUGCCAUCCCAACGCCACCCUGUGCUCUGGCACCUCCUGCCUGGUGGCUCCGGACAGCUUCAAUCAGAUCCUGAGCCUGGUGCUGAGCACAGUGCUGACCAUCAUGCUGGCCAUGGUCAUGUUCGCCAUGGGCUGCACUGUGGAGAUACGCAAGCUGUGGGGGCACAUCAAGCGCCCCUGGGGCAUCAUCGUGGGCUUCCUCUGCCAGUUCGGCAUCAUGCCCUUCACCGCCUUCGCCCUGUCGCUGGCCUUCAACGUCCUCCCUGUGCAGGCCGUGGUCAUCCUCAUCAUGGGCUGCUGUCCCGGCGGCACCAGCUCCAACAUCCUGGCCUACUGGCUGGAUGGAGACAUGGACCUCAGUAUCAGCAUGACUGCCUGCUCCUCCAUCCUGGCCUUGGGCAUGAUGCCUCUGUGUCUGCUCAUCUACACCAGCGUGUGGACUUCAAGUGACACCAUCCAGAUCCCUUAUGACAACAUAGGCAUCACCCUUGUCUCUCUCCUGAUCCCAGUUGGUCUGGGGAUAUAUGUCAAGCACAGGUGGCCCAGGAUUGCAAAGAAGAUCCUCAAGGUGGGCUCCAUCAUGGGGGUUAUCCUCAUCGUCACCAUUGCAGUGGUGGGCGGGUUUCUGUACCAGUCCUCCUGGACCAUCUCUCCUUCCCUCUGGAUCAUCGGGAUCAUCUACCCCCUGAUCGGCUUCAGCUUGGGCUUCCUACUGGCACGCAUAGUGGGCCAACCCUGGCACAGGUGCCGCACCAUCGCCCUGGAGACGGGUUUCCAGAAUGCGCAGCUGUGCAGCACCAUUGUGCAGCUGUCCUUCUCGACAGACGAGCUGGAGGUCAUGUUCAGCUUCCCCCUCAUCUACAGCAUCUUCCAGCUGGUGGUGGCCGGGGCCGCCGUGGCAGCUUAUCAGACAUAUAAGAGAUGCUGUCAGCGAGGGUCAGACUGUGAGGACAGCGAGAGGGUGGAAGGCAGUGCCGCAGUGGAGUCAGCUUACAAGAAGAAGCAGGACUGUGCUGUGGGGAACGGCGGGUUUGAGUGCGAUGAGAACGCAAACACCGGAGGCAAGUUAACCCAGCUGUGA